CUUCCUGUUCGGGUUUACUGCUUCCGGUGGACCACAGCAAACCUGAAGUAGAUGCAUGUUCUCUCCAAAAAGUCGAUUAGAUUAGUUUGUUUGUUGUGAGAUCUUAGCAUAUUGAGGACAAUAGUUUUAUCUUAUUUAAGAAGGCAUGUUUGCCGUCAUUAAUUUAAUGUGGACAACAACAAUUUUGUACUAACGUUUUAAAAUGAUCCAAUUACGCAUAUUUUUCAUUUAAACUACUGCUUGGUGACCGGUCAAUUGAAUGUUGCGCUGAUUGGCGUUCCAUAUUUUAGUUCAAAGUUUCGUGUCUGUUUGGGAUUUUUUAAAUUUUAUUUCUUAUAAAUUUGGAGUUAGCUUACUGCUAACAAUGAAUAUCCUUCCCAAGAAAAGCUGGCAUGUCCGCAAUAAAGACAACAUCGCGCGCGUGCGAAGGGACGAAGCCCAGGCUGCAGAAGAGGAGCGCGAGGCUAAACGCCGCGCGGAGCGUGCGGAGCAAGAGGCCCGGACAGAAUAUCUGAGGAGAAAGGCCCGGGCGGGUCUCCCAUCAGAGGAAAGGACAGAAGAGGAUGGCAGUCAAAGCGGAGGACAUGUGGAGCAUCUCAACCUUUUUCCUCUGGAGGAGUCUUCAGAGAAGAAGGGCAAUGAGGAGUAUCUCAAAGAAAAGAAGGAAGAAAAGGAGAAGCAGGAGCGAGCCAUCGGCCUGCUGGUUUCUUUAGGACCCCAGCCAGGCACUGAGGUGACUCCAUGGUACAUGCUAAGCAGCGCAGAAAAAGAAGAACAAGAAUCUGACAACAAGAAGGGCGUAAUCGAAGAGGUAAAGGAGAAGAAGGACCGCAGGCUGAAGGAAAGUUUGGAUCCUCUGAGAGAAAUGAAGAAAGCUUUGGGGGGAAAUGAAAGGAAGCCCCACAAGAGCAAGAAAAAGGAGAAAAGAAACAAGGAAGAAAAGAGGAGCAGCGGGGAAAGCUCUAUGGAAAGAUUGCGUGCUGAACGCUUACAAAGAGAAGCUGAAGAACGGAGGAGAGCCCAGGCUCUGCUGGAGCAGAGGAGUGGGAAAAGGAAAGACGCAGCGCGAGAAAUGGAUGACAGGGAGCGGCCUUACAACAGUGCUUACUUCCCAGAAAUUGCCCGAAAGCGACAGAGGCGAGAUCGAGAGAGCUGGAGAGAUGAGAUUCUCAAAUCCUGAGAACUUUACUUGGAUUAUAAUUAUAUAUACAUAUAUCUCAUUAGUCUGAACAUUUUACCAUGAUUUCCCAUGAUUAUUCCAUUUUUGUAAUUCUUCCUGUUUUAUCCAUAAAAGGAAAGUCCUGCAGGAACUAAGGGUCAUGUCCAACAGCAGUUUCCUCCACCCCCGCCGCCGUUUCACUCAUGAGCACAUCAGCAGGGCAGAUGGCCGCCGUCACAGGGGGCCUGAAGCACAGGCUGUCGAGAAGAAAAACCCUCAACCACUGCUCGCCCGGCUUACAUCAUUGUAAAAAAAAAUGAUAUGUUUGUGCUGAAAUAAUUUAUUCCCACAUGACUCAUCAAUAAAAAUAGUCUCGUGGAUGUUUUA